AUGACUACGUUAUUCAACGAUCUACACUUCGUAUCAGCGAAACAGAAUGAACCUUCCAUUGAAAUCACGUCUUUUCAUCAAUUUUCCAUUCUUCCCAAAGAAAUCCGUCUACGUAUUUGGCUACUCGCACUUCAACCACGACCCCGCUUCAUCUCAAUUCACAUCCAUCUCACAACUCUUGAUCAGACUGAAAUCCAGCACAUUCAGUCUCAAAUGUACACUACUCGCAAUUCCAUGGGCAAUAUCAUAAGCGGUAGCUACUAUGAACUCGCAAUCAAUGAGUCCGCCGCGAAUCAGAUGGGCAACACAAUCUUCUCGACCUCCAAAGAAUCAAGAUGGGUGGCGCUAGACUACUUCUGUCUUCGUCUACCACUCGCAAACAACCGCCAUAUCCGAGUUAACCCUGAUCACGAUGUUCUGUUUUUCCACCCUGGUCAUGACAUCCGUGAUAUCAACAUGCUUGCUGCUAUCCUCCAUGAUAUCAAAGCAUACGAUCCAAGAGACCAAGGCAUCAAGCACUUAGCUAUACUUGGAGAUACUCUGUUUCCAGACAAACAGCCCUUUACGGGAGAGGUUGGAAGCUGCGGGUCGAAUAGGCCUAUUGAUAGUACGAGCGCUGGAGGUGCAGGAAAGAUUGCCUUGAGCCAUUCCAUAGCCCAAGCAUCUCUCACUGACAUCCUCGGCACAAAACUUCGAACGUUGUGGUGUGUUCAAAAGAUGUACACUCGAACGCGGGUUUACGGUCCAGGAAUAUUCGAUCGUCCAGUAGGAAUGCCCCAGUGGAUGGAGACUUUACCGAUGCUGCCUCCCUUGAGUAGAUUGGGCAUAUCAUAUCUCAACUUCGAGUGGAUCGAGAAUGAUCCCAGACCUAUAGAACCGGACAUUAGUAACAUGCCAUUUUUUAAGGAUCCGCGACGAUACCUGCAUAGUUGGAAGGCAAUCGAGGAAUCCCUAGGUGUGAGACAUGUCACACCUUUUCGUGUCUUUGCUUGCGUGUUUUCCGAGUUAGCUCCGGCGGGAAUUACGGGACAUAUGACCCAAUCUACAGGGGUAGAGCUCAGAGUACGCCAAUUAGUCGAAUCCAAUCAACAGAUGGAAAAGGACGAGUGGGAGAGAGCCAUCAAUUACUGGGUUAACUUGAUGCGGCCACUCAGCGAGAGCGCAUUUGAUGAAUCAUGGUUUCGAGAGCGAAAUGUGAUGGUACACCGGGAUGAUAUGACGGCGAUUGGCAUGUGUGCCUGCGCAAACGAGGACAAAUACUACAAAUGGCUCGGCACCGCGACGUGCAAUUGCAUCGCAGUCGAUAUAAGAGCUCUUAGCCUUUAUACUGACACUGAGCCACUGCAACAUACUAUUGCGUUCAGCGAUGGCAAUUUUCAAAAGAUACUUGGCGUAAUUAACAAGAAAAGAUGUGUCGGAACCGAUAACGUAUUCGGUGAUGGAGACAUCGGAACCGUAAUGUUCUGGUUACCGGCUGUUUCUGAUGUUUUAGAGGCUGUGGAAUAUCUAUGGAGUGAUGCGGCGGCAGUUCUUACGGCUGCGGAGUCUUUUGCUUAG